AUGCGUCUCCUCAAGACCACGAAGUCUGAAGUGGGCCACUUCGAAAUUGAACUAUUCACGGACGAACAACUCCACAAUCUGCCAUAUGCAAUCCUUUCCCAUACUUGGGGUCCAGACGAGGUUACUCUGCAAAAUAUCAAUGACCCCCUCGUAAAGUCCUGGACGGGCUAUAUGAAGAUUGAACAAUGCUGCGCGAUAGCCUACAGUUCCGGGUAUGACUACGUGUGGAUAGACACUUGCUGCAUUGAUAAAACAAGCAGCACAGAGUUAUCAGAGGCAAUAAACUCUAUGUUCCUCUGGUACCAGGAGGCCAAGACCACAUUCGAAGACAGUGAUAAGAUGAGCCUCAGAAGGAGGGUAUCCCAAUGUACUCGUAUACCUGAAAGCAUCCUUGCAGGCGAGAGAAAUCUUGAUACGUUCAGCACCGCACAGAGAAUGUCAUGGGCAGCGGAAAGACAGACAACCAGAGUCGAGGACCUUGCGUAUUGUUUAAUGGGGCUAUUUGGCGUCAAUAUGCCGCUGAUCUAUGGGGAAAGAGAGGCGGCGUUUAUUAGGCUCCAGGAAGAGAUCUUAAAGAUCUCCGAAGACCAUAGUCUAUUUGCUUGGAAGUCUUCGGAUACUCGCAAUGGUCUGCUUGCUACCUCUCCGGCUGCCUUUAUCGACUCGCACGAUAUUGUCCCGUGUGAGACAUUUGAUACAUUCGGCAGCCCUUUGAUUAUAAGCGGCGGGGGGAUUCAUGUCGACGUUUGCUUCGUCGGUUUAGAGCGCAUCGGACUGGGGCUGGCUGUUUUACAAUGCAAGAAAUUGGAUGGGAUGUCUACGUCGGUCGCCAUCUUUGUGCAGGACACCUCUUUGACAUUCGAAUUGGAGCGAUUCAAGAGAGUUUACUGUGACGACUUUCGACUUGUUGAUCUCGGAAGUGGUCGCAUCACACGGGUUAAAAGCCCAAGAGGCGACGAAGAAUACAACAACCUUGAGCCGCCCCAUAUCUACCCAAAUCCUAUACAGACGCAGACCAUCGAGUGGGGUAGCCCAAGGGUAGAGGUUUAUCUAUGGUUGUUGCUUACGCAGAGCAAUCUUGGAGCAGCCUUGAAUGCGGUUUCGAAUGGCCGGACGCCACUAUCGUGGGCUGCUGAGAAUGGCCUCGAGAAUUAUGUCAGAAUUCUACUUAGGAAAGGCGCUACCAUAGAGGUCGAUAGCGGGUUGGUUGAGGCGCCCUUAUCCCUGGCGUCUCGGAACGGACAUACUGCUACAGUCAGGCUGCUACUGGAUAAGGGUGCCGGUGUUGACGCAAAGGACCACAAGGGUUGGACACCACUAGUCCAUGCUAUCCUUGCUGAUAAAGUAUCUAUUGUAAAGAUGUUACUUGAUUAUGGAGCCGAUAUCAACGCAAGUGAUAAGAAUGCUCGGACACCAUUAAUGCAUGCUAUUAAAACUCAGGAUACAACUACUAUCAAGAUGAUACUAAACGAAAACCCUGACAUUGAAGCGAAGGAUGACAAAGGCCAAACACCAUUAAUGCAUGCGAUUUGGACUCGACAUAUAGCUAUUAUCAAUGUCAUACUUAGCAAGAAUCCUGACAUCGAGGCACGAAACAGGGAAGGUCAAUCGCCAUUGAUCCAGGCUAUCAUGACUCAAGACACAGCUACUAUCAAGGUGAUACUCAGGAAGAACCCUAACAUUGAGGCUAGAGAUAAUAAACAUCGAACACCAUUGAUGCAUGCUCUGAACAUUGCAAACCGAACUAUUAUUAGGAUGCUGCUCAAGAAGAAUGCCGAUAUCGAGGCAAGGAAUGAACAAGGUCUAACACCACUGAUGCUUGCCAUUAUUGAGACGCUGAACGGGCAUAUAUCAUGCCCUACAAGAAAGAACAUUGUCGAAGUGCUGAUUUUACACGGUGCUGAUAUCAAUGCGAAGAAUCUGCAUGGCGAGACACCAUUGUCGAUUGCCACGAAGGAAGGGCACGGGGAUAUCGUCGAAUUGCUGCUGCGCAACGGCGCUAUUCGUGAAACAACCCGUCAAACACCAAUGGCAUGGCUAGCUAGAAUGUCGCAACAGGGCAUUCUCAAGCUCUUUGGAUCAGAGUCUUAG